GUCCCAGCACCUCCGCGGCCACGCGCCGAGACUCACAAAGCCCGCCCGUGUGCGGCGCCGCCGGUCACCGCGGCAACCGCGCGCCUCGCGCGAUCUCGUCCUCUCGCGAGAGCGGCCGGCGGCCGGAAGUGGCGGCGACCCGGAAGUCCCCACCCGGCGAAGCUGAGAGGCUGGGUCGAGACGCCUGCGCGGGCCCGGGGGGUACUGCUGCUGGACUGGCCAUGGACGAUACCCUGUUCCAGUUGAAGUUCACAGCGAAGCAGCUGGAGAAGCUGGCCAAGAAGGCAGAGAAGGACUCCAAGGCAGAGCAGGCCAAAGUGAAGAAGGCUCUUCAGCAGAAAAAUGUGGAGUGUGCCCGAGUCUAUGCCGAGAAUGCCAUCCGCAAAAAGAACGAAGGCGUGAACUGGCUCCGCAUGGCAUCCCGUGUGGAUGCAGUGACCUCCAAGGUGCAGAUGGCAGUGACCAUGAAGGGGGUGACAAAGAACAUGGCUCAGGUAACCAAAGCACUGGACAAGGCCCUGAGCACCAUGGACCUGCAGAAGGUCUCUGCCGUGAUGGACAGGUUUGAGCAGCAGGUGCAGAAUCUGGAUGUGCACACGUCGGUGAUGGAGGACUCCAUGAGCUCAGCCACCACACUGACCACACCUCAGGAGCAGGUGGACAGCCUCAUUGUGCAGAUUGCUGAGGAGAAUGGCCUGGAGGUGCUGGACCAGCUCAGCCAGCUGCCAGAGGGUGCCUCUGCCGUGGGGGAGAGCUCUGUUCGCAGCCAGGAGGACCAGCUGUCCCGGAGGUUGGCUGCCUUGAGGAACUAACUGUACCUCCACGUGCACUGGCUCUCCUGCCCUGUGAUGUGCUGGUGGCUCCCAUCUCUCCUUCCCACUGACCCUCACUGUCUUCUGAUCCUGCAGAGCUGCAUCCGGCAGCCAUGGCCUCUCAGCUCCUCACAUCUGUCAGGCCAUGCCAGGGUGGACUCCGAACUGAUCCUGUUCCUCUUAGGUCAGACAGUGGGUCUGCGUCCUGGUGUUGAGUUUGCGCACCCUGGUGUGGGUAGCUGACUGGGCCAACGCUGGAGCCCGGCAUGCUCCCUGCAGUCCUCCACUGUGCUGAGUUGACAGGACUGGCCAGAGGACUUGUGUGGACUUGAGCCCAGUGCUGUGGGGCCUUCACACUCCAGGGGCCACAUCCCUACUGCCUACUGUCAGACAGUGGGGAUCGGGGCCACCCCUGUGCCAGGCAGUCCUAGAGGCCUACCCCUGACAGACAGCCUGCCACAAAAGGUGCCUGUGGACCUGUGUCCAGCACCACUGACACUUUUCUGGAUAUUUAUAGGUAAUGACUCUCUCCUGUGGUUCAGGCCUGGGGUCUUGGCCAUACUGCCAGCUGGCCGAGCCCUGCUGGGGCCUCCUACCCUUGGCUCCCUCAGUUCCUAGAGGUGCCCAGUCACUGGACAGACCAUCACCCAGUUCCCAGUCCAGGUGUGCCUACCCUGGGGUUCUCAUCCGUGCUGGGCCUGCCUCUGGAGCUGCCUUGGGCCACUUGGGCUAACUGUGUCUCCUGCAGUGCCAGCCAGAACCCGAGGCUCCCCCAGCCACAUGGCCUCUUUCCCAGGGCCUUUGCCAAUGCCUCCCACUCCUCAGUGGGUUGCCACAGUCUGUCUUUUACUGUAAAUUAGCGGGCACUCCCCUGGCCACUGCCCCACUUGCCUCCUCCGCUUGGAAGCCAGAGUGGCUAGGGAAGGGAGCAGGACAGUCACCUUCAGCCCCAGCCAGCCUGGUGGCUCUCCGAGGACUGCCACAGGUAUGUUGUGAGACUGGCUGGAAGGCCCCAAGGGCUUGGGGCACCGGCUGCUAUCUUGUUUUUUCUGUUUCCUAAAGUUUACUUAAUGUCCUCAAAGUUCUUGGGGUUUGGGUUUUUUUUUUUUUUUUUUUUUGGCCGAAGUAGAAAGCCGGGUCCCAGUUUUCUCAGCAUGGGUGUGGGGGACCACCAGUGAUGCCCACCCAAAGAGACCCAGGUUCCAGUGCAGAAAUGUGGCGACUCUGACCAGGACUCACUGUCCUGCGUCCUUUCUGUUUGGACUUGGAGCCCUGUUUCUGUGCGGUGGGUGGUGUUGGGGGGAAGGGGUAGCAUUGGUCGUUCUGAAUGGGGGUGGUCAAGGCACUGUCUGGUCGUAGUCCCAUUGGGACCCUGGAAAUCGACCUGCAUGCUGGGUGCUGAGAGAAGAGUUGAUGUCCCUGGGGAACAGCCUCGGGAGCUCCCAGAGCCCUGCUGCAGGUGCAGUGGGUGCCAAGGUCUGGGCAGCACUAGCAGGUGGAGUGCUGGGGCUGGGUCACCAGAGCAGGGUGGGCGCGUUUGCCUUCUUCCUAAAAUGCUGUUGUAAAUAAAUAAAUUGAUGCCUGAACCUG